GAGGGUGAGGAGGUGGCCAGUGGGGACACACUGCAGAGGGAGGCAAGAGAAACCAGCCCUCUGCAGGGAGAUGGGUGUCGUGGUCUAGUUGGGAGUCAAAGGGGUCAGAAUGGAGACAAGGGUUUGGGCCACGAGUGGCUGGGGCUUUGCGUUUCUGGGAGCCCUUUCAAGAGAGCCUGGGGGUAGGCUGGGUGCAGGCUGCGCUUGCCCCUGGGGCCCUCGGGGAGGCGCUGCGGGCCUGUUGAUGGGACACUGAGGCCCAUGCAGCUGUGUGACUUCUCCAGAGUGACUCAGCAGGUUGAGAGCUCUGAGCCCCGGGUCCCUGCUUUUCUGCACUGUGGCCUGACUGGUCUCCUCUGCCAGCUCCCAAGGACAGAGGGGACUCCACAGUCAGGCGUGAGGGCGUGUGGCUUGUGUUUUCUCAGACCAGGAGCCAACGACCAGGGUCCGGCGUCAGCUGAAGAUUUGUAAUCCUCUCCCUCUGUGCCCAGAACCCCUUCCGGCUGCUCUGCCCUAUUGUCAGAUGAUGCUUAUUAAUCUUGAUUAUCGUCAUGUUUUACUUUUCUACUUGGUUAACUCGGGGAAGUUUGUCUCUGGUCCCGAGUACAUCUGACAAGGACAUGGGUGCGUUUUGCGGACAGCUUCUCUCAAUAAGCGCUCUGAGACUUGGGUCAAGAAAGUCAUCAUUUUGCUACAGAGACAUUCUUGUGACAACUGGUGACGUUUGAAUAUGAGAUGUAUGAGUGAUAACAUUUCCUGGGCUUGUUCGCUGUGUUGUGAUUUCGUAACGUCCUUGGUCUAAAGGGGUGAAAACCACAGCAUUUUAGGACGAGAUGCUGUGAUGUCUGCAGUUGGCUUUCAAAUUGGUCUUAAAGAUAAACGAGAAACACGUAUCUUGAUCUGUAGAUAGCGCAGAUGUGGAAAAACGUGAACCAACAGUGAGUCUCGAUGAAGGUAUAAGGAGUUCAUUGUACUCUUCUUGGAACUUGUCUGUAGUUUUGCAACUUUGAAAAAGAAAACAUUUUUAAAAGGGCUGCUGGGUUGGGGGGUGUCUCGAGUAUCUCGGGGUCCGCCCGUCGGCCCUCUGCUCCCUGCCCUGUCCUGGUCUCUGUCGAUUUGAGACCGAGGGAGCUGCCUGCCCCACAGUUAAAUUCUAGGCAGCCCGUUGGGGUCCAGCUUUGAAAGAGCGGCAGACGCUUUUGACAAAAUGUACUCCUUCCUCUAUAGAGAAGUCACUACAUUUCUAGAAUCUUUCGUUGGGGACCAACUUCCCUUCAGGUUUUCAUUUCUCCCCUCAAAAUUUUCUUUUAAAUUUUGAUUGCCUUCUAAAAUGACCGAGGCCGCAUUUGUUGUUGUGAUGAUCCAAACAGAGAAGAGGAUAAAGAAAUUAAUAGGUCCCUGUUUUUUCCAUCGCCCGUGGGGUGGUUAGAGCCUCUUGAACUUUGUCCUGUGCUCUUGGGAACACAUACAAACACCCACAGGCAUCCAGUGGAGCUUGACGUCUUGUCAUUUUUAUCCUUUGUUAACCUGGCUGGCCAGCCGGCUCCCUACUUCUCCUUGAAGAUGCAGCUUGGGGGUCAUCUCCUCCAGGAAGCCCCCCAGGCUCUCCGUACUGACCUCAUCCUUUGCAGUCAUCCGAAUCUGAGCUGCCUCCCCUGCCAGGUCUUGGGUAACCCGAGGGCAGCCGCUGUUUCCCUUUCGCUGUCUGCACUUGAGCUGGGAGCCCAGGAGACGCACAGUCAGUGUUUGUGGAGCCAGCAAACGGGCAGGGGAGGCAUCCUGAGCGAGGAAGAGGAAGCCGCCUGAGCAGAGCCUUGCAGAAAUUGUCAAACAGCACUCCAGAAAAAGUUGUGCCAACUUGUACCCACCAAGAGUGAAUGAGAAUAGCAGUUUGCCAGAGCCUUGCCAACAGUGAAUGUUGCAGAUCUCGGCUAAUGUGGGUCCCAAGUGAUGGUGGUUUACACGGAGGACAAGCUGAGCCCUGCAAAACUGGUUAGCACGGCGGAGCCCGGAGCGGCGCCUGCUGGCUGGUGGGUGUGAACCUCGGGAUCUCCUCGCCUCAAGCCACGAGGAAGCAUGUCUAAGAAGGGCCGGAGCAAGGGCGAGAGGCCCGAGAUGGAGACUGAUGCCGUGCAAAUGGCUAACGAGGAGCUGCGGGCCAAGCUCACUAGCAUCCAGAUCGAGUUCCAGCAGGAAAAGAGCAAGGUGGGCAAACUGCGCGAGCGGCUGCAGGAGGCCAAGCUGGAGCGCGAGCAGGAGCAGCGGCGGCACACCGCUUACAUCUCGGAGCUCAGGGCCAAGCUGCACGAAGAGAAGACCAAGGAGCUGCAGGCGCUGCGCGAGGUGCUCAUCCGGCAGCACGAGCAGGAGGCGGCGCGCACCGCCAAGAUCAAGGAGGGCGAGCUGCAGCGGCUGCAGGCCACGCUGAACGUGCUGCGGGACGGCGCGGCCGACAAGGUCAAGACGGCGCUCCUGGCCGAGGCGCGCGACGAGGCGCGCAGGGCCUUCGACGGCGAGCGCCAGCGGCUGCAGCAGGAAAUCCUGGAGCUCAAGGCUUCGCGCAAGCAGGCCGAGGAGGCGCUCAGCAACUGCAUGCAGGCCGACAAGACCAAGGCGGCGGACCUGCGCGCUGCCUACCAGGCGCACCAGGACGAGGUGCACCGCAUCAAGCGCGAGUGCGAGCGGGACAUCCGCAGGCUGAUGGACGAGAUCAGAGGGAAAGACCGUGUGAUCCUGGCCUUGGAGAAGGAACUCGGCGUGCAGACGGGCCAGACCCAGAAGCUGCUUCUUCAGAAGGAGGCUUUGGAUGAGCAGCUGGUUCAGGUCAAAGAGGCUGAGCGGUACCACAGUAGUCCCAAGAGAGAGCUCCCGCCUGGUAUCGGGGACAUGGCAGAGCUCAUGGGCGUCCAGGAUCAACAUAUGGACGAACGAGACGUACGGCGAUUUCAACUGAAGAUUGCUGAACUGAACUCGGUGAUACGGAAGCUGGAAGACAGGAACACCCUCUUGGCAGACGAGAGGAACGAGCUGCUGAAACGCUCCCGGGAGACCGAGGUCCAGCUGAAGCCCCUUGUGGAGAAGAACAAGCGGAUGAACAAGAAGAAUGAGGAUUUGCUGCAGAGCAUCCAGAGGAUGGAGGAGAAAAUCAAGAGCGUCAUGAGGGAGAAUGUGGAAAUGAAAGAGAAGCUGUCGGCACAGGCGUCCCUGAAGCGGCACACUUCCUUGAACGACCUCAGCCUGACGAGGGACGAGCAGGAGAUCGAGUUCCUGCGGCUGCAGGUUCUGGAACAACAGCACGUCAUCGACGACCUCUCGCUGGAGAGAGAACGUCUCUUGCGCUCCAAACGACAUCGCGGGAAAGGUCUGAAGCCACCCAAGAAGCAUGUUGUGGAGACAUUUUUUGGAUUUGAUGAGGAGUCUGUGGACUCAGAAACCUUGUCAGAAACCUCCUGCAACACGGACAGGACGGACAGGGCCCCAGCCACGCCCGAGGAAGACUUGGAUGAUACGACGACGAGAGAAGAGGCCGACCUGCGGUUCUGCCAGCUGACCAGGGAGUACCAGGCCCUGCAGCGGGCCUACGCCCUGCUUCAGGAGCAGGUGGGGGGGACGCUGGACGCUGAGAGAGAGGCCCGGACUCGGGAACAGCUCCAAGCUGACCUGCUGAGGUGUCAGGCGAAAAUCGAAGAUUUGGAGAAGUUGCUGGUCGAGAAGGGACAGGAUUCCAAAUGGGUUGAAGAGAAGCAGCUUCUCAUCAGGACAAACCAGGACUUGCUGGAAAAGAUUUACAGACUGGAAAUGGAAGAGAGUCAGCUGAAGAACGAAAUGCAGGACGCCAAGGACCAAAAUGAGCUGCUAGAGUUCCGAGUGCUGGAGCUCGAAGAGAGAGAGCGGAGGUCGCCAGCAUUUAACCUCCAAAUCAGCACCUUCCCCGAGAACAACAGAAGCGCUCUCCAGCUGUUCUGUCACCAGGAAGGAGUUAAGGAUGUGAAUGUUUCUGAACUUAUGAAGAAGCUAGAUAUCCUUGGCGAUAACGGGAAUUUGAGAAACGAAGAACAGGUUGCAAUAAUCCAAGCUGGAACAGUGCUUGCCCUGUGCGAAAAGGUAGAGCCCCGCGGCACCCUCUGUCCGUGCACCGCGUCGCAGCUCCCCCGGCGCCACACGAGAAACGGCACCUCGGCGUCUCGCUUGGCUCUGGGGCAUGACUUCCCGCCUCCACGUCUGCAUGUGCACGCGCAUGCCCGCCCCUUGCCCGUCCAAAGCCACACACGCUCGCCCUAGACAGCUUAGCACACAAGCCAGCGGAAGCCCCCACGGAGGAAGGAAAGCACCUGCGACCCUGGGGUGGAUUUCUUUCCGGUGUUUUGCCCACGACCGUUUUUUAAGCCUCGUUGAGAUCUGGCUUGACUUCCCGUCUUUAACCCUGCCUGCCACACUUCCACCCGCAUCAUUCCACCGUAGGGUUCAAAGAAGUUCCUUAUUCCUCAGCUGCUAGUUAGCGAGGGGGUUUCCUUUUUUUUUUUUUUUUUCCCUAUUUAUCGUGAUGCGUGGUGAAUAGCGUUGUGCGUCGAUUUCGAUCCACCUCUUAAGACCCUCCCACGGGACAGAUUCUAGAUGUGGAAUCACGGGGCCACCGGUAGGGAGGUUUCUCAGAGCUUUAAUAUUGUCAAAGCGUCCACCCGCGUGUUACCGCAUUGCCGGGUCCACGUUCAACUUGGUGCCCUGCCGUUAGAGACCCCUGCCGGCUUGAUAGGCUUGGCUGAACUCACAUGAUGUGACCAUUUCCGUUUUCAUGUAUUUGAGUGCUAGUGAUCCUGGCUUUUUAUUGUGUAUCGUCUGUUUUCUUCUUCCUUGUGAACUGUAAUUACAUUUCUUUUGAUGAUGUCCGUUGGGUUUGUCAUUCAUUCAUU